GCAGAGCUCCGAGUCAAGGCGAGUUCUACGAGGCCCCUCCUCCUCCUCCAUCGCCUUUGUAACCCUGCGUGGACGAUCGCCUCGUUUGUUUCAUAGUUGCUCCACUUCUCUCGCCUUGUUUUUGUGUGUGUGGGUGUGUGAGUGUGAGAGAUUUUGUUCUUCUGCUCCUCCGUGCAGGUGCCCUCAUUGUGUUGUAGAAUAUUGUAUUGCAGUUCGGUGUUCGUGAUUUGGGAUUCAAUGGCCACUGUGUCGAUGCUGGCUGUGGCAGCGGCGGCUGCGAUUGCACCGCAUGCCGCAUCGCCCACUGUGGAAAAAGUGGGUACUCGUGCAAUGGUAUCAGAGUUUCGGGGAGUGAGGGAGCUGAGCAUGGCUGCCGCCAUUGCGCCGGGCAUUGGGAUGCUUAGGUGUUGCCAGGUGAAGCAGAGCAAGGCAUUGAAGGCUGUGAGUGGCGUGCGUGCCAUGGCCUCUUCCAACGGGGGUGCAUUGCCGCCCAGCGGUCUUCCCAUUGAUCUGCGAGGGAAGAGAGCGUUCAUUGCUGGUGUGGCUGAUGAUCAAGGUUUUGGCUGGGCUAUUGCCAAAGCCCUGUCAGCAGCUGGAGCUGAAAUCCUUGUCGGAACCUGGGUGCCUGCUCUCAACAUCUUUGAGAGCAGUUUGAGGAGAGGCAAGUUCGACGAGUCCCGAAGACUCCCCAACGGAGGGCUAUUGGAGAUAGCGAAAGUCUAUCCUCUGGAUGCUGUUUUCGACACUCCUGAUGAUGUCCCUGAGGAUAUAAAGAAUAAUAAGAGAUACGCUGGAUCAGAAGCAUGGACUGUGAAGGAAUGUGCCGAAGCUGUGAAGGCUGACUUCGGCACCAUUGACAUCCUGGUGCAUUCACUUGCCAAUGGACCUGAGGUAACCAAGCCACUUCUGGAGACCUCUCGCAACGGUUAUUUGGCAGCAGUCUCAGCUUCUACAUACUCAUAUAUCUCACUCUUGAAGUAUUUUGCCCCUAUCAUGAACCCAGGUGGUUCUUCGCUUUCACUCACAUACGUCGCAUCCGAGCAGAUCAUCCCUGGAUAUGGUGGAGGGAUGAGCUCUGCCAAAGCUGCACUUGAGAGUGACACACGUGUUCUUGCAUUCGAGGUGGGUAGAAAAUAUGGCAUUCGGGUCAACACUAUUUCAGCAGGACCCUUAAGAAGCAGAGCAGCUAAGGCUAUCGGUUUUAUUGAUGACAUGAUCAAUUAUUCUUGUGCUAAUGCACCCUUGCAAAAGGAGCUGGACGCAGAUGACGUGGGAAAUGCAGCAGCAUUCUUGGCCUCACCAUUGGCUAGUUCUGUAACAGGUACAUUGUUAUAUGUUGACAAUGGCCUGCAUGCGAUGGGUUUAGCUGUUGACAGUCCUACUGUUUGCAAAGAAGCGGCUCCAGCUUCUGAGUUGUCUAAUGUUGCAGCUUGAUUUCCAACCAUCGUUCUCAAAUUUAGAGCUUUGAACUAAAUAUUUUCUUACGCUACUCGUAGACACUCCCCGUAGUUUUACCAGUUUGUGUGAGAUUUAAAGCUGUUUGCAUAUUGUAUUCUUGCCACUUCAGUUUCUUAUAAAAAGUUCCAGAAUCUAAUUUAUUGCUUGAU